UUGGAUUGGGCAGCAAUGACUACCUUAACAACUAUUUCAUGCCCCAAUAUUACUCCACUGGCAACCAAUAUACUCCUGAUCAAUAUGCAGAUGUUCUUAUUGAACAAUAUACAGAACAACUAAAGAUCUUGUAUGACUAUGGAGCAAGGAGAAUGGCCUUGUUCGGGCUAGGUCAAAUAGGCUGCAGCCCAAAUGAAUUGGCUCAAAAUAGUCAGGAUGGGUCAACAUGUGUGCAGAAAAUCAAUUCUGCCAACCAGAUAUUCAACAACAGGUUGAAAUCUCUUGUCACUAAUCUCAACAGCAAUACACCAGAUGCAAGAUUCAUCUAUGUAGACUCUUUUGGGAUUUUCCAAGAUAUUAUAAGCCGUCCUUCAUCUUUCGGUUUCAGUGUAACAAAUGCCGGGUGCUGUGGUGUGGGAAGGAACAAUGGGCAAAUUACAUGUCUACCUCUUCAAACUCCAUGCCAAAAUAGGGAUGAGUAUCUCUUUUGGGAUGCUUUCCAUCCAACUGAGGCAGGGAACGCCAUUGUGGCCAGGAGAGCUUACAGUGCUGAGUCUGCAUCGGACGCUUACCCGAUUGAUAUCAAACGAUUGGCCCUGCUAUGAAAAGAUCAUGGAGAUAUUAAUGGUUGUGAUUUGGGCGACAAUUAAGAUGCAUGGAAAGUUGCUGAUAAUUGUGUUUCAUUACUAUUGUAACUAUGAACCUAAAGAUCUAUGAUCCGAACUCCAAUGUCCAUUUCGUGGUUUGUGCAAAUCAUAUCUAUGAAUCUUGUUUAUAAAUUUUGAGCUUAAA